CCUAUAAGAGAAUAAUAUAUGAUUCACAUUCCAGAAUCCACACUACUCUCGUUUUCACCCGAAUUGAAAUCACUCACUUACUUCACUCCAUCGUUCACCAUCAUCAUCAACAAGAACACUGAACAUUCAUAUAUUCCUUUUCCACAAGUUUAUGACACAGAAAAUGUGGCCUUUAAGCUCUGAAAAGAACAACAGCGGCAGCAGCAGGAAGAUGCAAAAUGAAUCUGGCAGCACCACAAGCACCACCACCAACACUGCCGUGGCAACGAAAUCCAUGGUGUCAGCAUGCCACUGUUGUUGUUUGGUGACGAAACUGAUGAGGAAACUGAAGAGACGUGGGCGCACACUGCGACCGAAAAGUGCGAGUCGACAAGGUUCGUUCCAAUGCCGCUAUGAUCCGUUGAGUUAUUCCUUGAACUUUGAUUCCACCGGAUGUGGCAGCUUAAUGGAUGAAGAUUACUACAAGUUCUACGCUUUCUCUUCCAGGUUUGUGGCAAAUCCAAGAACAACUUCUUCAUGCCCCGUUCUUCAACUACAAUCAGGGAACUCCCAUUAACCACCACAAUCAAUCUCUUCACCUUUUUCUUUCUCAAACCCUCUUUCCAAUGAUAUAAAGAUGGGUAUUGUAGGGAUCUAAGUUCUUCCGUAACAUAUAUAUUGAAUCUAUCAGUUAUCUUAUCGUUAAUUUCGUUUAACUUCAAUCAUAUUCGUUGCUAAUAUCUUCAGAUGUCUCGUUUCCAGUAUUAGAUUUUCAUGGUUUUGAAUUUGCUCUGUCCUCAACAUGGCAUUUUACUUCUACAAAUUAAUUUAAAU